AUGUUUAUAUUAAUCGACAUUUUUUUCUGUUCAUAUUCAUCGCCAUUUCUUUCUAUUCAUAAAUAUGGCUUUUUAAUUCUGUUCAUACUCAUUGCCAUUUUAUUCCUGUUCAUAUUUAACACCAUUAUUUUUCUUUUCAUCUUCUUCGCCAUUUCUUUCUGUUCACAUUCAUCGCCAUUUCUUUCUGUUUAUAUUCAUCGUCAUUUUGUUUCUGUUCAUAUUCAUCGCGAUUUCUUUCUGUUCAUAUUCAUCGCCAUUUUUUGUUCAUAUUCAUCGCCAUUUCUUUCUGUUCAUAUUCAUUGCCAUUUCCUUCUGUUCAUAUUUAUCGACAUUUCUUUUCUGUUAAUAUUUAUCGCCAUUUCUUUCUGUUCAUAUUCAUCAUUCUGUUACACACACACACACACACACACACACACACACACACAGAGAGAGAGAGAGAGAGAGACAUACAUACAUACUUAUCUAUCUAUCUAUCUAUCUAUCUAUCUAUCUAUCUAUCUAUCUAUCUAUCUAUCACAAUCUGUUUAUAUCUAUCUAUCUAUCUAUCUAUCUAUCUAUCUAUUUCAAUCUGUUUAUAUCUAUCUAUCUAUAUAUCUAUAA